AUGAAACGAUUGAUAUCAUUAUUUUGGUAUUGGUCUUUACUUAUUUUACCAUUUACAGCCAUUAUUACAUUUAUUUCAACAUUGAUAGUGUGUAGUCUAGUAUUACGAGAUAGUACGUGGUCAGGACAGAAAUAUCCAAAUAUUUCUGUACUUGGAACAGGUCGUGGAUAUAUUUAUUUUAUGUCUGGUUUUGUUAUUUUAACUCCACAAUUUUUAUUAAUACUUAUUGGUCGAUUACAAUUUCUUAUUCAAUCUCAAACGAUUAUUCAUUAUGUUAUUCUAUAUAUUAUUCAUAGUCUAGGAUUAAUUGCAUCUGUAUUUCUUUUGAUCAUGGCUAUUAGGAUCAAUGGUAAUGAUCAAUUGGUUGAAAGAGGACGAGACAUGCUUAAUGCACAUAGUAUAAAUGAAAAUACUAGGGAAGAAACAGCGAGAGAAUUUAGAGAGAUGCAGUGGAAUGUCAAUCUUAAGUUUCAUCAAUUUAAUCAAGAAAAAGAACGAGCUCGUCAAAUCGUGAGUCCUAAUGAAUUAAUUCGUCUUAAUAUUGGUGGAAAAAUAAUUAUUACUCGUCGAGAAACACUUCUUAAAGUACCAGGUUCAUUACUUGCUAAGACGUUUGAUGGUACUCAUCAAAAUGAUUUACGUCGUAAUCCAGAUGGAAGUUAUUUUUUGGAUUACAAUCCAGAUUUAUUUUCUCAUUUACUUGAUCAACUUCGAAUGUUAAAAACUAAUGAAACAAUUCUUUUUUCUCCUCCAUUAUCAUCAACAUUAGUCAAACCAUUUAAUGAAAUGUUGAAAGAACUAGGACUUCCACUUCCAAAACAAUCACCAAAUGAUAUUAUUUCAUUGAAUGUUGGUGGUGAAAGGAUUGUUACAUUACGAAAAACACUUACUAGUGUUCCAAAUUCAAAUUUAGCUCGACUAAUAUCAUCUUCAAAAGGAACGAAAUAUGAUCAAUUAGGUCAACCAUUUCUUGAUUAUAAUCCAAAAUUAUUUCAACAUCUUCUUGAUCAAUUACGACAAGGAAAAAAUUUAGAAGAUAACGAUUUAAAUCUACCAUCAAAUGAUGCAUUUCAAGCAAUGUUAUCUGAUUUACGUAAAGUGGAAAAAUCGAAAAAAUCUCGAACAAAUAAUAAUCGUAAACAAAAAAAAAAAUUAAAUCCAUCGAAAACGGCUAAGAAAAAUUAA